AUGAGUUGUUUUAGUUGGAACUGCCGUGGGCUGGUAAACCCAUUGGCAGUUCAGGCCUUAUUGGGCUUCGUUCGUCAGAAGAGGCCUGAUAUUUUGUUUUUGUCUGAAACUUUAAGUAGUGCUUUUAAGAUGGAGGGUAUUCGAAUAAAGUUGAAUUAUGCGAAUUGUUUUGUAGUCGCACCCGAGGGUAGGAGUGGGGGGUUAGCUUUAUUGUGGAAUGGGGGUAUAGAUGUGGAGGUGGUCAGCUACUCUAAUCACUAUAUUGAUACUAAGGUCCAUGGGACUGGCGUUCAUCCUUCUUGGAGAUUCACUGGUUACUAUGGGCAGCCGGAGAGGGGGCGUAAACGAGAGUCUUGGGAGCUUCUCAGAGGGAGAAACAAGGGAGGGUUCCUCAUCCGCCUGGGUUGUUUAGGGGGGUUUCGGGAUGCAGUAAGGGAGAGUGGUUUGUCUGAUUUGGCUUUUGAAGGUUGUCAAUUUACUUGGGAAAGAGGGAGAGGUACUGGUAAUUGGGUACGGGAGAAGUUGGAUAGGAUCCUAGUUACUGAUGGGUGGCGUGAGUUGUUUCCGGGGGCGCGAGCUUGGUCGCUGGAAGGUAGUAGCAGCGAUCACUUGCCUUUAUUUUUUGUUCUCCAGACGGGGAGGGUAUGGCAGCCUAGGCGGCGGUGCAGGUUUGAAAACUAUUGGGGUAGGAAUCCUGAAUGUCGGGAAGUGGUCAAGGCUGCUUGGGAUCGGCUUGGGGGUUUGGAAAUUUCAGAUAAACUUGGGCAGUGUGGGGAGGCAGUCUGGGAAUGGGGAAAUAGGUUGGCGAAGGAGGAAGGUAGGGAGUUGAGGCGGUGUAAAGAAACAAUGGGUCGGUUGCGGGGGUUAGUUGACGGGAACAGUGUGAGGGCAUUUGGUGAGUGUCAGGUUAGGUUCUUGCAACUUUUACAGAACCAGAGUGAUAAAUGGCGACAAAGGGCUAAAGAGACCUGGUACUCUGAGGGCGAUAGAAAUACACGAUUUUUCCAUAACUCUGUGAAUCGGCACCGGCGACGAAAUGCUAUUGUUCAAUUGCGGGAUUAUAGGGGAGGUUUGGUUACGGGUGAGCAAGAAAUGGGGCAGGUUAUGACUGCUUAUUUUACAGAGUUGUUUACGGCAGUAGAGGGUGAUGGGAGGCCAGUGUUGGAGUGUGUUGAGCGGUUGGUGACGGAGGAGCAGAAUCAGGAACUUCUAAGGCUAGUCACGGCCGAGGAAGUGAGGGCGGCUGUGUUCUCUAUGCACCCGGAUAAAUCUCCCGGCCCUGAUGGUUUGUCUCCGGCCUUCUUCCAACUGCACUGGGAUGUCGUGGGUGGUGAGGUAGUUUCUCUUUGCCAAAAUUUUCUUGUUUCUGGAGUUUUGCCUCCUCAUAUAAAUGAUACCCAUAUUGUGUUAAUCCCGAAAAUUAAAAAUCCUGAAUUGAUGACUGAUUUUCGUCCAAUUUCUCUCUGUAAUGUUGUGUAUCGAAUUUUGGCAAAAGUUUUGGCGGUUAGAUUGAGAGGGGUGUUGGGUUCAGUUGUGUCUUGUGCUCAAAGUGCUUUUAUUCCUGGCCGGUCUAUAAUUGACAAUAUUCUUAUUGCGUUUGAGACUUCUCAUUGUAUGAAUCGUCAACGGGGUUGUAGGGGGGGUUAUGGGGCCCUAACAGUUGAUAUGAGUAAAGCCUAUGAUCGGGUUGAGUGGGGUUUUUUGGGAAAGGUGAUGCUUGGGUUGGGGUUUAGUGAGCAUUGGGUCCAGUUGAUGAGGGAGUGUAUGUCCACUGUGGUUUUUAGGGUGCUAGCAAAUGGGCGGGAAUGGGAUCAAAUUGUUCCAUCUAGGGGAUUGCGUCAAGGAGAUCCCCUUUUUCCUUGUUUGUUCAUUCUGGUGGCGGAGGGCUUAAGUUCUAUGUUGAGGGUGCAGGAGAGGGGGGGUGUUCUUCACGGGGUGAGAGUUGCUAGGGGUGCUCCCGCAGUUUCCCANUUGGGAAAGGUGAUGCUUGGGUUGGGGUUUAGUGAGCAUUGGGUCCAGUUGAUGAGGGAGUGUAUGUCCACUGUGGUUUUUAGGGUGCUAGCAAAUGGGCGGGAAUGGGAUCAAAUUGUUCCAUCUAGGGGAUUGCGUCAAGGAGAUCCCCUUUUUCCUUGUUUGUUCAUUCUGGUGGCGGAGGGCUUAAGUUCUAUGUUGAGGGUGCAGGAGAGGGGGGGUGUUCUUCACGGGGUGAGAGUUGCUAGGGGUGCUCCCGCAGUUUCCCAUUUAUUUUUUGCGGAUGAUUGUUUGUUCUUUUUUCGGGCAAAUAAUUUAGAGGCAAGGCUAAUUAAGCAGAUUUUAGAUGAGUAUGGGAAGGCUAGUGGGCAAUUGGUAAAUUUGGCUAAGACCUCUAUUCUUUUUGGGCGAAAUGUUCACCAGGAGGAUAAGGAGGCUGUUUGUGAGACUUUGGGGAUUCAUGAACAGUAG